AUGCUAGGGCCUACAUUAUGCUAUCAAGCACUGCAGACACUCGCUCGGUAUCGCCGUACCUGGGCUCGAAAGCGCGUCGCAGGCGUAAAACCUCCAAGGAAGAACGCGUCUGUCCAGUCUGUGCUCACGCCUUCAAAAAAGCUGAACAUCUGGCCCGACAUCUCCGUUCUCACACAAAAGAGAAGCCGUUCAACUGUCCAGUCUGCGACAAAGAAUUCGCACGCCAGGAUACUCUCUUACGGCAUUCACGAUCUCAUUCGAGCAAUAAUCAAGAUUGCGAGGGCCCUGAGAUGGAUCAUGAAUCUGCUAGUCGUCAUCUCAGGCCGCGGACUCCGAGCGAUGGGGGUCAAUACCCCGCCAAAUAGUCUAUCAAUUGAUGGGCAAACGCCUGCAUUCGCUGCGCCAGACAGCAGUAUACAUUUCGCUGAUAUCACACCCUUGACCUCAUUAUCCUCCUUGGAAGCAGAAGACGCUUGGUAUGAGAGACCGCAGCCAGUCUUGCAGUAUGACAGACUUGACCAACAAUGGGAGGCGAUCUUAACGGGAGAUGACUUUGACCUGGACGCUGUGAACAUGUCGUUGUUACAUACAACUUCGGACUUUCUAUCCACAAUGCAGACGCCACCGGUGAUGCCCGCUAUUCGAACACAGCACUCAAUCCCCAAUGUUGAUGAGAAUCUGAGCCAACCUCUUAGUUUGGUCCACACAGAAGGGCCUAAAUUUCCCGAGACGGUGACAUACUCAAACCAAGUAACUCCAAAUCCGUCUCAGGAGGGCAAUAAUAUUGAUGAAUCAUACCGUAAGAGACUCGCAGAGCAUCUUCAACAACCGGCGCAAUAUGGUAUCCUCCCAUCUACUCCUUUUCUUGACCUCUGUAUCCAAGCUUACUUCUGCAAAUUCCACCCUCUAUUCCCGGUUGUUCAUAAGCCUACAUUUCGACCCGGGACACAAAACUCAAUGCUCCUACUAUCUAUCUGUUCUGCAGGCAGUCUAAUCAUCGGAUGUACCCGUGCCCUCGCUCAUGGAAUCAGCAUGUUCGAGCGGCUGAACAAAGCCAACCUUGCAUCGUGGGAUACCUUUGUAUCCAAAUCAGGGUGUGAAGCCAUUACAGCAAUGCAAGCUGUGCUUAUAGGGCAGACAUUUGGUCUAUUGAUGGGACGGCCAAAAGACUUAUUCUGUGUUGAUAUCUUCCAUGGAACUCUAAUCGCCUUGGCCCGCAUUGCCAAACUGUUUCAUUCAAAACAUUGCGAUAUCAAUAUCCUCGAUCUUCAUGGUCAACCUCUAGAAGAUGCCUGGAUGACCUGGGUCAUGACCGAGGUAAAGAUGCGAAUCGUCCUCGGUCUACACAUCCACGACGCCGAACUAGCAAGAAUCCAUCAUCACGAGCCCCUCCUCCGCCACUCUCUCAACAGACUCCCCAAGAUCUCAUCCAACGAACUUUUCGCAGCACCAAACGCCCGCCAUUGGAAGAUGCUAAUGUUAAACACCCUCCAACCUCCAAACCAAGCCUCGCCAUCAGCCCAUCCCCAAGACUCCCCGACAAACAACCAAUCCAAACACCAACCAACUCACUCCUCCACGCCAGACUUCGCCGUAACCGGCAUGCUAGAAACAAUAAGCGCCCUAGCCAGCGAAGUCAACAACUCAGAAUGCCAUACCCUCUUAACAACCUGGUACACCCACUACGCUCUCAGAAACAGCGGACCCUCUCCUUCCCGUCUCAAUCACCUAAUCCUCUGGCACUCAAUCUUCAUAACCCUCCACUCCGACAUCAACGAUCUAGAAAUAGCCUGCAGCUCAGACAGCCACGAUUCCACACAGAAAGACAUCGAUGCGCAUAUCUGGAUUCGCUCCCCAGACGCGAAACGCUGUCUCCUGCACGCCAUGCACAUCCAGAGGCAUUUCGAGACCCUACCUACCGGCAUGGAAUGUGCAUUCCACGUCCCCCUUUGCCUUUACUAUUGUGGUCUCCUCUGGGCUUGUUAUAUGUGUUUCGGAGCCGAAGAGACUAUAACAAGUGAGGAACAGGGUCUAUGGGCGGAGUUAUUGCUAGAUGGCAUUGACAGUAUCUCCGGGAUUGAGAAGAUCGUUCCGAAGAAAAUAGCCAUGGCUUCUUUGUUCCGGGUCGUUGGAUUGUUGCAGAGGCUGAGCUAUUGGAAGAUUGCGCAGGGCUUGGCUGGGAGGCUUUUGGGGAUUGUUGAGAGGCGGAAUUUGUUUUGA